UGCAGAUUUCGAGAUGGGCUCUCCUCGUUCCCCACAGCUACGGCAUCGAGGCGUUUCUGAAGAGAAACCAUCACCCAAGGGUGAGACCACCGUGUUAGCAGCUGAUGAAGAGGUUAAGAAAGAACGGGCCAAGUCUCUGUCGGUAUUCGGAGGUCUAGUCUCCCCUAAGCUGCGUGGUGCUCAACUUUCAUUUGAGACAGCUCUUGAAACUCUUGUGGAAAUAGCCAACACACGAUCAUCCAUGUUAGCUGCCUUUGAGCGGAUCACGAAGAAGUAAAGACAGAAUGUGCCAAUGCGUUAGUUCAAUUUUUGAGUUUGUAACUACCACAUUCUGUGUAAUACACAAGUAUCUAUUUUGAUCAGAAUUGCUUGCUUUACAGCACCAAAUAAUAUACACAACAUUUUGGAGCA